AUGGAAGCGCUCAACAGAGCAUCCGCAUUCUUCGUUCGCUUUGGCUCGUCCGAAGGCUUCAAGCGGCUCGAGAAUAUGAUUGACGACAAUUCGAGUCUCCAUCUCGAGUUAAACGAGCUGCAAAUAGCUUAUCGCCGGAGCCUCAAAACUCUUUCCGACGAAACGACAGAGUUUGAGAGCUCCAAGAAGAAGUUUGAGGAAGAACUCGAGGCUGAGACGUCAGCCAAGGCAGAGGCCUGGGUCCAGUUGCAAAAAACCCAGGAGGAACUAGAGAAGAAACGCGAAGAGGCAACGGCCAUUGCCGAAGAGGUGGAGAGGAAGCAGACAGAGAUACAGGGUCUGCAGGACGAGUUGAAGCAAAAGGAUAGCCAGAUCGGGGCUCUCGAAGAAGCCAGAGCUGAGAGGGACGAGCUUCGCGACAAACUCUCCUCGGUUCAGGGGGAAAUUUCCACGAUGACGACAGACCUGCAAGAGGCAAAAGGAUCGCUAGCUGCCCUGAACUCCCUCAUGGUCGAGCUCCGUGACACGGAGGAGAAUGAAGAUAAUCUCGCCAAAAUACUGCGCAACUUUUUCACCACAAGCUAUAAGUUGAUUGAUCGUUUCCUAGGCCAAGAUCUGCCGUCCGAAUGCCUUGCCCAGUCGUGGUCAACUGCUGCCCAAGUAAAACAGGAUCUGGAAAGCAGAGGUAUCAAAGCUCCCCAGCUACCUCUGCCACCUUCCAACUCGGAGGAUGCCAAGAGGAUGAGGGUCGCCCUAGGCUUGCUGGUCUAUGGCAGAGAACUGGCCCGUAGCAUUUGGAGGCCAACAUACCUUACCGAAGACGAGGACAUCAACAACGUGCUCGACAGGCUAAGCAUCAAUCAUCCUCGGCACGAGUCCCACUUGCGGGCUACGAUUCUUGGCGUCAUCCAGGUACUUCCGGAGCAGCAGCAAACUGCCAAGCAAAAGAGAAUCACCAGAGUGAAGCACCAGGUAUACAAGUCCUUGGCCGGCCUGAUUCCCGAGGAUAGGCAUGCCGAGUUCAAAGCCGAUAUCCAGAAGCUCACGACCAAAAUGGGCGACACAUGGGAGAAGACUCAGCGGUUGGAGACCAUGGUGGAGCCCAAUUUUGACGACUUUGUACCUGAAGACUGGAAGCCGUUCCCAGAGCCAACGGACGUCAACGCACAAUCGGAACCAGUUCCAGAGCAAUCGGAAACGCCGGUCGACGGCGACACCGGGGCCGUCCAGGAAACAGACGACGAGGACGACACUGUCUGUGUUCUGUGGCCUGUGUUUCUCUACCCCAGCAUUGAUGAAGGUGGCGACCUGGUGCGUCUGCAGAAUGGCUACAUCCUCUUGCGAAAGCAGUGCAGGGCUGCCGAGGCUGAGAGCGAAGAGAGCGAGAAGGCCAGUAGGGCAGAUCGGAAAAUCAAGAGGCAGAAUGGGCCACCGAGGAAGCGGCGUGAUUCGGGCGUGGGUUUUUUAGAAAAUGGAAAGCCUUCGAAUGGAUCGCCUGCUUAA